AUGCAACGAUCAUUUUCUACGUCAUCUGCUGAUCAUCAACAUUACCGUAAGUCCUCAGGCAUGGCAAGCCAAUUCGUACCGAUUCAAAUUAAUUUAAAUAAAGGCAAAGAUUAUUCUUUACCGGAUAUUGAUUUACAUCAAAUGGCAAAUCUUCAACGAACUUCUUCAAGUAGUAGUUUUGCUUCUUCAACUUCUAGUAAUAGUGCAAACUAUCGAAUCUUACCAGUACGUUAUUCAUCUGUAGAUCGAGUCGUAGAUAAACCUCCGAUAAUUACUGCUAAUGAACAUGGUAUUAAUGUACGAAUUCAUUUCAAAUAUCCACAUCGACAUCGCCGUCGGCAUCAUCAACAACAACAACAACAACAGUACGAACAAAUAGAAGAAAGUCAACAUACGGAGAAACAUGAAUCUUUUCAUGAAAAACGUCUGACUAAAGAACAUGAACAAUACGGUUCAUGUCCAGUUCUAAAUAAAACUGGUCUAAAUUCAAAUUCACUAUCAGUAAAUCCUUCGCGUCAAUCAAAUAUAAAAUAUAUUGAAACACGAUCAAUAAUUCGAACGUGUUCAACAGAUCGCUUAGAUAAAAAUACUCAUUCAAGUACAUUAGUUAUUCGUCACCAAUCACUUCCACCAGUAUCAAAAAAAAGUCCACCAAAAAUAUUGCUUACACGAAUAAAACAUAUCCCACUUGAAACAUCCGCAAAUUUUCAACCAAUAACUACACGCGACUUUGAAAAUGAUCUUCUUUCACAAGCAAGCCGUAUUAAAGAUAUUCGUAAUCUUGUUCGACAAGACUACAACUCAUCGUCACAUCACGAAUUACGUUCAUUAGUCAAUCAAACAUCAGACUAUGCACAAGAUCUAUUUACAGCAUCCAAAGAAUAUUCAGACAAAUUGGAUAUGGCUGAUACAGCAUUAAGUCUCGUUUCUGAUCUUACAUCUCAUGUAACCGAGCUUGAAACUCGUUUAGCUUAUCAUACACCUCUUAUCGACGAUGAACAAUAUAUUCAUCGUCAAUUGGAUGAUCUUGGUGAACUAGAUGGGCCAUUAGAAUCAAUUGAGAAGUCUAUUAAAGAACUUCUCAUACAUAGUAAACAAUUGGGUAAUGAUAGAUUAAUUCGUAUCAGUGAACAAUUAGCAUCUAGAUGGCAACAAAUCAAUUCCGAAAUAAACCAAAGAAAACGAUCGAUUACUCAAUGUCUUGAAACUGGUCGAUCGUUUCAAACCCUAUAUCAACAAGAAGAGCAUAUACUCGAUACUAUACAACAGCGUAUACAAACACUUGAACCAGUACCAAAUGAUCCGAAUAAACUUCGACAAUUGGGAAAGACUGUUCUGGAUAUUUUCAAUGAAAUUCUCUCACGAGCACAACCCAUUGAACAUAUGAAUGAUGUUGCUGUAAAAUUUAUUGAAGAAACAAAGAUGCAUGACAAAAGUUUAAAGCGCUUUCGUGUAUCAUUACGUGAAUUACAUCCAAAUCUUGAUGCAUCGAUCUCAAUCAUACGACGACAAUAUCCAACAAAUUUAAAACGUGCCACACGAUCUAUUUUACAUAAAGUUGAAGUAUUUGAUAGACGAUAUGCCGACCUUUUGGCGGACAUGGAAGAAUAUGCACGGGCAUUUGUAAAGAAUUCUAAUGCUACCGGACAGACUAUUAAUCUUCCAUUAGAUUCGGCAUCAAGCAUUGUUCAUCUUUAUCGUAGUACGAUCGCAUGUCGAUAUAACAUCGCACCACAAUAUCUUCUGUCAUCAGAUGAUGAUGAUGAAGAACAAAUUCCUCUUUCAUCUAUUUCCACAAAACACAAUCGACAGAGUAAUAAUUAUAAUAACAACAAAGCAGGUUUUAUUGACGUGACACGUGGAAAGACAACUGUUGAUCAUCAUUCCUAUCCAGCUCCCUCAUCGUCAUUAGACGGUUCCGUUUCAUUUGAAACAACUUACUUGAUACCAUCAACACAAAAUGAUUCAACAAAUAAUAAGAAAGUGAGAUUUAUAAUACAAAAGCAACCAGGAACAACAUCAACAACGAAUAGUAAUAUUGUUGUAUCGAGUACCAAACUGAAUGAAAUGGCACAACGUAAAAAUCUCUCGUUUGUUGAUGCGGUCAAUAGCAAACAUCUCGAUUUGUCAACGGGCCUUUUUUCUCCUUUACCAUUCGUUCUUUCUUCGUCUUCUUUUUCUUCCUCUCAAUUAUUAUCGCCCGAUCAACAUCGCCAUUCUCACACUCAUUUCUCUUCUUCAUCAUCGCCGCCACAUACGACUAUUACCACAACCGACAACAAAAAUCUUCUUGCAUCGUCAGUGUCGACGAAUAAUCAUCCUUCGCCUGUUGGUACAGACUCUUGCAUAACUGCUAUUAACACAAGCAAGCCAAUUACAUUAAAAGAGGCGAUAGAUACAAAUAUCCUAGACGCACAUAGCGCCUACAUUAUCGAUACGCUUGAGCAACGUAAUUACGAUUUACGUGAAGCCUAUUCUCGCGGUUUAAUAACCGUAAACGAUCAUCAUAUAGUUGAUCGUGCUAGAAAUCAACACUUAACAUUAGCUGAUGCACUCAAAAUGGGCAUACUUAAGCUUGGUGAUCCACAAUCCUAUAAUAUUAUAUCGAAAACUGAAUCUCUAAUUAUAUCAAGUGUAUUUGAUCAUUGUGCAAAUACAUUUAUCGAUCCAAAUACUGCUAUACGCAAAAAAAUUCUUGAUCCAUAUCAUGGUUUAUUUAUAAAUAAUUUAACACAAGAAUCUAUAUCCAUUGAUGAUGCCAUGAAUAAAAAUUUCAUUAUUGUUGAACCGCAAACAUCGCAUUCAAGUGCAAAUCAACAUAAUGAUAAAUAUGUUAUAUCAACAUCAUUGAUACGUGAAACACGUUCAUAUCAUUUAUUAGGUGUUCGUGAUUAUAUUAAUAAUAAAGAAUUGUCCGUUCAAGAAGCUAUACGUUUAGGAAUAUUAGACAAACAAAAUGGGCAAUAUAUAAAUAGAAAAACAAAUGAAAUAUUUUCUAUAUCAGAAGCAAUUGCACAAGGACACAUACGUGCACAACCAUUACCCGUUGAAGGAUCUUCAUUGUCAUCAACAACAACAACAGCUAAUGGACAAGAAACAAUUGGCACGACAAAUAUUAAACGUGGAACAGUUAAAGAAACAAAAACGUACACGCUUAAAAGUGCAAUUCAUCCAAGAACACGUAAAGAAAUCCCAAUAAGACAAGCCAUUGAUGAAGGAAUAAUUGAUCAUGCUAAAGGAUUUUAUGUGAAUAGUAUUACAGGUGAAAAUCUUCCGAUAAGUGUUGCCAUUGAAAAAGGCUUAAUAUUUACGGAACUAAUCGAUCAAAAUGCUAAAUAUGUUAAAUAUUUAAUUAUUGAACAAGUUGUUGAUCCAAUAACAAACCGUCGUUUAGGCAUAACUGAGGCUAUACAAUCAGGUUUACUUAAUUCAACUGUAACAGCUUAUCAUCAUCCAGUUAAACAACGUCAGAUGAGUUUAAUGGAAGCAUAUGAACAAGGUUUUAUUAUAGGUAGAUUAUCGGAUCAAAAACCAUCAUCAUUUAUUGGUGAUCAACGUCAACAAACAUUCUAUUUAAUAACAAAUGUAACCGAUAUUCGUACCGAGAGAAUUUAUAAUCUUCAAGAGGCUACUGAACAAAAAUUAUUUGAUGGUAGAAAAGGUGUUUAUAUACAUCCAAUAACAGGCGAUGAGAUAAAUAUUGGUGAUGCUGUUAAACGUGGUUUCAUACAAGUACAAGCUGUAUCAUCACAGAUAAGUACGGCAAAUACACGUUCGAAUGUAUCAAUACGUAUUGAAUCUCAAACUCCAACAGUACGUCCACCUACGUCACACCUUGUACAACGUGAAAAAGAUAUUAUUGAAAUUGAAUCUGUUCAACGUGUACCAAAACAUCGACGACAUCAUCAUACAACAACAGAAGAAACUAUUGAACAACAUACAACAAAUGUUAUUGAUAAAGAAGUUUAUAUUAAUCGUGGACGUUCAAGUGAAAGACCCAAACAACGUUAUAUUGAAGAAGUUAUUAUUGACGAUGAUAGAAAUAAAAAUCGAAAAGGAACUGUUGACAUCAAAGAAGAAAAACAAAUUAUUCAUAAAGAAAUUAUUAUUGAUAGUGAUCGAAUUAAACCACAACCAUCCACACAUCAAAUUAUUAUUGAUGAAACAAGUCGUGAACAUGAGUUCCAUGUUAUUCAUCCACCACGUCCUCAACCACCAGUUCCGCCACGUCCUGCUCAACAUACAUCAACGAUUAAAAAAGAAUAUAUAGAAGAAAUUGAUCAUCGUUCCAAACCAACACCACGUCCCGAUGAUAUUCACGAUGAACAACAACAAUCAUGGAGUGAAGAAGAAUGGGAACAAUGGCAUUGUAUAAUGAUGGUGAAUAAUCAACCCUAUCGUGUUGUUUGGGUUAUGAAUACAGCAACCGGCGAUCGUUUACCUUUACAAAAUGCCUAUCAACGUAGUUUAGUUGACACCAAACAGCGUUUAUUCUUUGACGAAAAAUUAAAUCGUCAAUCGUAUUCAUUUGAAAAAGCUGUUGAAUUGGGUUAUAUGGGUAUUGAACCAGAUACAGCAUCAUUACCAAUACGUGUUGAUGGCAUCGAUUAUAUGAUACAUUGGGUAUUAGAUUCAUCAACAAAACGUCGUAUAUUUCCUCGACAAGCCAUAACUAAACAUAUGUUAGAUGCUAAAACUGGCCGUUACAUAAAUCCUUACAAUAAUUCUCAAGUAUCAUUACACGAGGCAAUACAUUUGAAAUUUGUUGGCGCAACUGAAUACGGUUCGGUAAGUGAUUCGAUCACGGUCACAAUCAAUGGGCAGCCCUAUGUUAUUAAAUGGGUCUAUGAUACAGUUCACAUGAAAAAAAUUCUUCCACGCGAUGCAUUACGACAAGGCAUAUUAGAUAUACAACAAAAUGAAUACCGUAAAUUUGAUACAAAUGAUGUGAUGACAAUCUAUGAUGCUAUACAAGCUAGUUACAUCCGUUGUACAGAUGAUGAUUCGUCAUCCGAUAAUAGCGUCAGACCUCCGUCAAUCAUUUCUAUUGAUGAAGAUGAAUUGACAAUAGCAACUAAAACAGCAACAUAUGUUAUUACAUCAGUGAUACAUCCAUUAACACAAAAAGAAAUAAAAGUAUCAGAAGCUAUUGACUUGGGCAUCCUUGAUAAAGAGACAGGCAGUUAUCGAGAUUUAGUUACAAACGCUCAAUAUGAACUGGCCGAAGCAAUAAAUGAAGGUUUAGUUUAUGCAACAAUUGUUGAAACAAAAGAAGAUACAGAAAUGAUGACAUCAUCAGUACAAGAAAUAAUUAAAAAAUUUAUUGUUAAAAGUGUUGCAAUCGAUAGCGAUUCAGCAGAGAAAAUCGGCGGUUUAGAAGCUCAAGCUGUUGGUAUUCUUAACUAUGCACAGGGUGUCUAUCAUGACAGAAAAUAUGGUGUUAAAAUUCCACUGGAUAAAGCUAUUGAACGAAAAUUACUUGAUGUUGAACUUGUUAGUCAAAAGAAAUUCGAAGAAUAUGAUUUAGAAUUAAUUACAGAUACAAUAACAGAAAAACGUAUUACAUUAUACAAGAUUCAUGGUGUACAAAAUAAUGUCUUAGGCCGUAUGGAAUCUGGUGCUGUUGCUGUCAGAAAUCAAAUGAUUGAUACUGAAGCUAAAACGUUUACUGAUUUUUCAACAGGUGAAACAAUGACAAUUCAAGAAGCUGUUAAUAGAAAUUUAAUUCAAGCCGAAAUAAGUGAACAUGUAGAACGAAAACCAUUAGGUUUAUCAAUGCAAAAUGCUAUUCGACUUGGAUUCUAUGUAGCUGAAACAGGUACAUUCCGUGAUCCAGCUACUGAACAUUAUAUGCCACUAAUGGAAGCUAUUGAACGUGGCCAUAUACAUGUAAAUGGUGUUGCAUUUGCUGAUAGUGAACAAGGUCCAAUAACACUUUAUGAUGCAUUUUCAUUAGGUUUAAUAAAUCGCCGUGAUGGUGGUAAACUAAAUGCAGCUAAAAUGACUUUAUAUCGUGCACGAUUAGUUGAACCAAAAUUACAUCGUAUGAAUGUUGAAGAUGCUAUACGUUGUGGUUUACUCAAUCUUCGAACUGGCCUUUAUAAACAUCCACAUAGUGGUGAACAAUUAAAUCUAAAAGAAGCUAUACAACGUGGUUUGAUCGAUGGACAAAGUACUGUUAUUGAAAAUCAAUCAACAGGACGUUAUAUGACACUUAAAGAAGCAUUAGAUGGUAUUAAAAUUGAUAAUGAUGGACAAGUUAUUGAUUCCUAUUCAAAUAAAGUAAUAACAACAUUAGAUUUAGCAUAUAAUCAUAGAAAAUUAUUUUCACAAUUUGAUGUUAAUGCUGGUGAAAUAUUUCUUCCAGCACAAAAUGAAUCGAUUGGAUUUGAAAAAGCUGUACGAAAAAAUUUACUUGAUAAUAAUCGUAUUAAAUUGUUCGAUCCAAAAACUAGUCGUGAAUAUUCCGUACAAGAUGCUAUUGAACGUGGUAUAAUUGAUCAUGAAUCAGGUUUAGUCUAUGAUCCACGUUCACGUACAACAUAUUCAAUACGUGAAGCUAUACGUCAUGGUAUUAUAGCUGUUGUUGGUGCACCACUUGUGCCAAUUAAAGCUGAUCAUGAAACAGUUGCAGCUAAAAUAACAUCAAGAAAUCGCCGACGACAUUCAUUAGCUAAAAGUUCAUUACAUUUUGAUUACAAUAGUGCACCAGAGUCAGCCGAUGAAGAUUCACAAGGUAGCGGUGGUUGGCGUCGUAUUACGGCAAAAAAUCGAACUAUUAGUCCGUUAAGUGCUGAUGGUAAACGAAGUAUUCGACGACGUACUGGUUCAAGUCCGUCAAGAAAUAAUACUAAUCGUUUUACAUGUCGAGAUGACGAUUGGAGAACUGGAUGGAAAGGAGAUGAUGAUGAUGAUAACAAUGAUGAUACAUAUGGUAGAGGAUCAAAAGGUUUUGUUAGUAGUGCAAAUUAUACAAGUUCAACAACCAGUCGUACACAAGAUAAAACUAAUAAUGUAUCUAAUCAAUCACAAGGUGGACGUACGACAUCAAAUGGUUUUCAACAAAAACAAGAAAAUUCGUCCAUUGCACCAACAGUAAAUGCCAAGGUGAGUUCGGUGGCAUUGAUGGUUCAUCUGCUUAAUGACUAUGAUCAGAUGAUGUAUCUGAUUAUGGAUUCUUUUUCUUCUAUGUUUUCCCUUUCGUAUUACGUUUAUUUAUUAACACUUGUUCAUUCGUCAACACAUUCUAUUUUCGAAUCGUCAUCAUCAUCAUCGCCAACAUUACCUAAAACCGAUGAACAAAACCCAAAUGAGCUUGUGGGACAUAAAUCGGAACUUUCAUUUUAUGCUCAACCAAAUGCACAAGUUUCACAUGAACCAUCGCCAUCGCCAACAUUAACUAAAACUGAUGAACAAAACCCAAAUGAGCUUGUGGGACAUAAAUCAGAACCUUCAUUUUAUGUUCAACCAAAUGCACAAGUUUCACAUGAACCAUCAUCAUCAUCAUCAUCGAAAAUUGAAAGUACUAGUGAUGAUAAUGGUGGUGCGCUUGAGGACUUCUCAAAUUUAUCCAAUACAAAGGAAUCACCGUUGAUCACAGUUUUAGAGAAGAAACAAGAAGAAAUUAGUGAUAAUUCAUUAAAAAAUGAUGAUACAGAACAAGCAAUCGAGAAUGAUGACAAUCGUAUUCUUGUUGAUAUGCAUGAUGUUGCGAAUCGUCUAAGUUCUUUACAUGAACAAUUAAAUCAAUAUGUCUAUCUCACUGACAAUCUUAGUGAGCUUCGAACAAAUGUUGAGCAAAUAAAAAAAUUACAUGGAGAUGUUGACAAAGAAAAAACAGCUAUCGAUAAUAUUGUUGAACAUGCUAAUAAUGUUAAUCCUGAACUUGCUACAUUAAGUCAAGAUCUUGAAGAAAAACGAAUUGAAAUCGCAGAUAUCAAUAAUGGUUUAAGUGAUAUCAUCGAACGAUUUAUCGAUCAAGUUAAUCAAUUCAAUACUGAACAUGAUCGUUUAAAUGAAUGGAUUGAAACAAAUAAUAAAGAAAUUCAAAGACCAUUACAAUUAUCAACAAUAACUGUUGACAAUGAAAAAUUUCACACAAUUCUAACGAAAGCAAUUAGUUUACAAUAUGAUCUUGAAUCGCUUCAAGAACAUUUACAAUCUAUUGAUUUAACAAUACUUGAUUUUGAACAAGCAACUGGAAAUACUGAUGGUGGCAAAUCAGCAAAUAUAUACAAACAACUCGAACAACGUUUUGAUAUUUUAUCAAGUAAUUAUACAGAUUUUCUUAAACGUUGCAAACAAAUAUCUGAUCAAUGUGAACGCUAUAUGGCAACAUACAAUGAAGUUAAUGAUCUCAAUCGACAAAUUAUUGAAUCAAUGAAUGAAUUCGAUCAAAAUUUAACUUCAAAUCAAAAUAAACAACAAGAUGAUAAUAAACUCCAAGUUCUUUUACUUAAUGUUCAACAACAGUUGGAUAAAUUAGGUAUUCUUGCAACACACGAACCAGUUUCACCAUCACCAAUCAUGUCAACAAGUGAUCAUAUACAAAAUCAAAUACGAGAACAUCUUUGUACGCUACUUGACGCGCAUACGAAACAUUACGAUGAAGCUCAACAAGGUUUAAUGCAUAAUUUCGAAGUAUUAGAACACGAUAAUCAUGAACGUCAAACGAUGAAAGAACGUAUCGAUGAAUUAAAUCAUUGGUUAUUAUCUUAUACAGACAAGGCAAAAACUUCCAGUGAUUUAUUUUCAAAACCACUUUCGUUAAAACGUACGAAACUUGAUGAACAAAUAAUAAAUUUUCGUCAAUUUCAUGCUCAACUAUUAGCACGUAGUCAUUCAUUUGAAUCUGAUAUAAAUACAAAAUUAAAUAUCGAACAAUUAUUUGAUGAAAAUGAUAAAAAAAAUAUUGAAUUAAUAAAUCGAUCAUUUCAAUUAUUAGAUGAACAAGCAAACCACUACAACGAACGUAUUAAUCGUUUAUCAACACGUUUAAAUGAAUUUCAUCUUGAACAUGUACAUUUAAUCGAUAAUUAUUCGAAACGUUUACGUCUUUAUAGUGAACAUAUUGAACAAAAUGAUGAUAUUAACUUUUCCACAUUACAAUUAUUAUUAAAUAACAAUAAUGAAUCAGCUAUUGAUCAUACAUUAUAUGAACAAUUGUUGAAAGAUCUUAUUCAAACUGAUAACAUUGAAGAUCAAGAUGAAAUUCAUCAAUAUGAAAAAAUCUUAAAUGAAUGUAAAAAACAAUAUGAAAAAUUUGAAAACGAUUUAAAACUAAUUCUUGGCAAACGUGAAAAAAUCUUAAAUGAAUAUGAAUUAAAGAAAAAUUCUCUACAAGAUUGGUUAUUAGUGACAGAACGUCUAUUAAAACAGCAACCAAAUGAAUUAACAAUAUUAACCUGUCAACAAUUAUUAAUUGAACAUUUAAAUAUGCCUAUCGAACAAAUGAGAGUAUUAAAUCAACAGUUAAUUGAAUUUUAUUCCCCUUCGAAUCUCAAUCAUUUAUAUGAACAAUUAAAAUUAGAUAAAAAUACAGAACAUAAUUCAAAUAUAACUGAAAUCGUUCAACGGCAAACUGAUGAAUUAAUUGAAAAUUAUUUAUCGAUAAAAGAAAAGAUUUUUCAACAUAUGAAUUUACUAGAAAAAAUCGAACAACAAACAAAUAAAUAUCAAUCAGCGAAAGAAAAGGCCAAACUUGCAAUCGAAAAAGCAAAAGAAUUAGUUACUUUAGAAGAAAAUACAAUAUUACCAUUAGAUGAUCAACAAAUUGAACUUAUGUUGAACAAAUAUAAAAGCAUUGCCGAUCAAUUCAAACAUAUGUCUUCAACUAUUGAUGAAUAUAAAACAAGUGGAUUAACAUUAAUCAAUACAGCUCAACGAUAUAUCGAUACUGAACCCAUACAAAAUGAAGUAUCGUCUAUCGAUAAAUCCUGGUCAGAAUAUAUUGAAUAUAUUCUUGAUACUAUUGAUUAUAUUCAAUUGCAUCAAGAAGAUCUGCGUGAAUUUCAUCAAUUAUCGAAUGAUUUAAUAAAUUUACUGAAUGAAAAACAGCUACAAAUGGAAGCAUUAAAUGAUAACGAAGUAAAAGCUUUUCAUGAUGAUCUAGAAAAAUACUAUGAACAAAUUGAAUCAAUCAAUCAAAAAGGUGAACUUCUAUUACAAAGUUCAGCAAUCAAUCUAAAUGAUGAUAAUGAAAAUAGAAUUGAACAUUUAUUGGAAACAAUAAAUCGUAAUUAUGAUAGUUUAAUUGUUAACACAAAAGCUCGUCUUCAACAGAUUACAAAUAUUCAACAAUCUACACCAUUACCGACAACAACAACAACAACAACAACAACAACAACAGGGGAAGAAGCGUCAACAGUAAAAAAAGAUGAAUUAAUUUCACCAGAAAUGAUUAAUAAAGUAGUUGAUGAACUUCAUCAUCAUAUUGAAGAAACAGUUGUAGAUAUGAAUGAAUUAUCUGAAUUAUUGGUAUCAUCAACAAACGAUCAAAUAUCUGCACAACCAAUUAAAUUAAGUGAACAAUUAUUGGACAAUGCUGCUGUGCAAAAUGAAUUGGAAAAGCGUAAAAUUGCUCUUGAACAACUACAUUCAAAUAUAGAAACACUCAAACGAAUGAUGACAACUCCUGAAGAUCUUGAUUCAAUAAAAAUUCUUGAUGAAAAAUUUACUGAAUUAAAUGAUCAUUGGUCGAUAAUGAAACAAGCUAAUGAUAUUCGUACGGAAAAUCUUCUAUUAACACAAGCAUGUGCUAAUACAUUUUGGUCAGAACAUGGAGAAAUUUCAUCAUUUCUCAAUAAUAUUUCGAAACAAUUAUCACAAAUUCGACCACGUUCAACAUCACGUGAUCAUAUCGAACAUGAAAGAGAAAAAUUUAAUCAAGUAAUAGAUGACUUUUCAAAUAAUGAAACAAAAUUUAAAGAAAUCCUUGAACAACACGGCUCGAUUCUAUUAACAUUAGUAGCAAAUAAUCCCGAAGAAGCUGAAGAAGUUCAACAUAGUUUAAAUGAAUUAGAACAAGAAUGGAAUCGUAUGGAAACAAAUUUAAGUAGAUGUCAAAAGCAAUUAGAACAAGCUAUGAUUGAAUCUGCUGAAUUUAAUUCAAAAUUAGAACGUGUAUCAACGUGGUUCGAUGAUACAACAAUUCCAAUAUCAGUUGAAGAUAAUGAUGAAUUCGAACGUAUUAGAGUAUUCAAAGAACAUUUAGAUUGUAAAUAUCUGGAUAUUAUCAAUUUAAAACAAGAUUAUACCGAUAUUGAACAACAUAAACAACAAACUGAUGGAACAGCAAUAGAAGAUAAUAAAAAUAAUACAAAAGAAAAAGAAAAAACCAAUAUUGUUGAACUACAAUUAGAUAAUAUUGAUUCGAAAUGGGCACAUUUGAAUGACAAAAUUCAUGAACAUAAAACUCUUAUUUAUGAAACUGCUCUUCGUCAAAAUCGUGUUGAUGAUGUUGUUGCUGAUAUUAAUCGAUCAUUAGAUAAUUGUUCAUCAAAAUUAUCAGUACUUAUCAAUAGUUCUUCGGAUGCCAAUUUAAAUGAUAUAAAACCAAUUGAAAUUUCUAUUGCUAAACUUCGUAUACUUCUAAAUGAUAUUGAAUUAAUAUCUUAUGAUAUUGAACAAUUAAAACACAAUUCUUCAGAAGAUAAAAUUUCAGUUUCAUCAAUAAAUAAUCGAUGGGAAGAAUUACUCAAGCAAGCAACGGAUAAAUAUAAUUAUUUGGAGAAUAAAUUAGAAAAUAUGAAAUUGAAACAAAAAACGAUUGACAACAUUUAUAAUGAAUUAGAUUUAAUCGAUAAACAAGUGAAUGACAGUACAAUAAAUACGAAAUUUCCAUUACUUGUUGAACGUUUAGAAUUUAUCGAAGAAGAAAUCAAUAGAGAAUUUUCAAAUGAUGAUGAUAAUAAUCAACAAAUUGAAGAAUUAAAAAAACGUUUAAUUGAUGUUAAACAACGAACAAUAAUUAAGGGGCAAGCACUAAUUGAAUUAGCUCAUUCGAUUGAAUUAUUUCAUUCGUCGUUACAAAAAUUUACUGAAUGGUUAAACGAAACUGAACGUUAUUUAAAUAAUUUAAAGCCUGUUCAACGUCGUUUUGCAUUAAUUCAAACAUUAUUAAAACAAAUUGAUGAUCAUGAAUUAUUUCAAGCACAAUUGCAAACAUAUAAAGAACAUCUUAUUGAUCUAGAUAAAUUAGCAACACAUCUAAAGUUUGUUUCACCAAAAAAUGACUCAAUUUAUAUAAGAAAUUCUUUAAUUGCUGCACAAACUCGUUGGCAAAAAGUCCUUACACGUACAACCGAACGAACAAAAGAAUUGCAAAAAGCUUUUCAAGAAACGAAAAAAACCAUUCGACCUGAAGUAACCGAUAUCGAUCGAAUUAAAACGGAAGUGAAUCGUCAAGCAUCUCUAUGUACGUGCUCAAAAAAAUAUGACGUUCAACAAGUUGCUGAAGGACGAUACAGAUUUGGUGAAUCACAAAGUCUUCGUCUUGUUCGUAUACUUCGUUCAACAGUUAUGGUUAGAGUUGGUGGUGGUUGGACAGCACUUGAUGAAUUUCUUGUUCGACAUGAUCCAUGCCGAGCUAAAGGCCGUACAAACUAUGAAUUACAUCCAGAAAGUUAUGCUUUACGUGAUGGUGUAGCUCAAACAAUGACACUAUUUAAACCAAGACUUGUGACUGUUCAUCGACCAACAUGUCUUUUUCAUCAACAACAAUUGGCAGCGGCAGGAACAUUGAAACAAUCACCGGUGACAACACCAAACCGAGGAACAAAAGAUAAAUCGCGACGAACAUCAUCGACUGUUUCUUCAACACCACCACAACAGCAAAGAAAUGCAUCUUCAAUUGGAGAUCUAUCCGCAUCAGGUGAUGAUCUUGUAACUUCACCUCAUGUUCUUAGUGAUUCCGAAGCCAAACCAUCACACAUACCAAUAGCCGUAGUUGCGACUACUCCAGUAACAUCAACAUUGAGUCGAACAUCAAGUCGCGAAAGUGUUCUUUCGGAACAUUCAAUUGCAUCGACAUCUUCUACACAACAACGACGACCAAGUAAACUUCCAUUACCAGUAUCUCGACAAAAAAAGGCAACAAAUGGGUCAACAUCAGUAAAAAAUUCUUAA